GGAAAGAAGCUGUGCGGAGACUCACAUGUGGUCGCGGGCGCGUGCACGUUGCUGAGUUCAUCCGGUGGCGCGGAGAAGAAGAAGAAGAAGCAGAAGAGAAAAAAAACUUCAUUUAUUCCACUUUAGUCUUUAUUUUUCACAUCAAACAUGAAGCCUGGUUUCAGCCCCCGCGGUGGAGGAGGUGGAGGUUGGGGUGGAUUCGGCGGACGAGGACGCGGCGGAGACAGAGGAGGACGCGGCGGGUUUAGAGGAGGACGAGGUGGUGGAGGUGGAGGUUUUAGGUCUCCGGGUGGUGACGGAGGAUUCCGGGGCCGUGGUGGAGGCAGAGGGACGCCGAGGGGACGCGGAGGCAGAGGAGCAGGAGGAAGAGGAGGGUUUAGAGGAGGAAGGAAAGUGACGGUGGAGCCGCACAGACACGAAGGGGUGUUUAUCUGCCGUGGGAAGGAAGACGCCCUGGUGACGAAGAACAUGGUGGUGGGAGAGUCCGUGUACGGCGAGAAGAGAAUCAGCGUCGAGGACGGAGAGACGAAGAUCGAGUACAGGGCGUGGAACCCGUUCCGCUCCAAGCUAGCGGCGGCGAUUCUGGGAGGAGUCGAUCAGAUCCACAUCAAACCCGGAGCCAAAGUCAUGUACCUGGGAGCGGCGUCGGGAACCACCGUGUCUCACGUCUCCGACAUCGUCGGACCCGAAGGUUUGGUGUACGCAGUGGAGUUUUCUCACCGCUCCGGCCGAGAUUUACUGAACGUGGCUAAAAAGAGAACCAACAUUAUUCCCAUUAUCGAAGACGCCAGACAUCCACACAAAUACCGCAUGCUGGUUGGGAUGGUCGAUGUGAUUUUCGCUGACGUUGCUCAGCCGGAUCAGACGCGUAUCGUCGCUCUGAACGCUCACAACUUCCUCAAAAACGGCGGCCAUUUUGUCAUCUCCAUCAAGGCGAACUGCAUUGACUCGACGGCGUCGCCCGAGGCCGUGUUCGCGUCCGAGGUCAAGAAGAUGAGCGCAGAGAACAUGAAACCUCAGGAGCAGCUCACGCUCGAGCCGUACGAGAGAGACCACGCCGUCGUCGUUGGGGUGUACAGGCCGCCUCCUAAACAGAAGAAAUGAAGACGCCGCGGUGUAAAUUUGCGUUUGGACGUUUUUCUGUUCCCGCUGAUCCUCCAGCUUUGACCACCGACUGAAACACACUGCUUUCUGCUUUCUCCAGCCGUGUGAGUGUGUGAGUGUGUGAGUGUGUGAGUGUGUGAGUGUGUGAGUGUGUGAGUGUGUGAGUGUGUGAGUGUGUGAGUUCGCUGGAGGUGAAGAACUUCCACAGUACAUCAGUGUUUUAUUAUCCUGUGCUGUUUCAGUAACUCGGCUCUCUCUGUGCUAAUCGUUAGCGUAAUCAGCGGCGUGACUCGAUCAGGAAGUUCUUACUGUGUAUUAUAGUAUAUUAAACCAUGAAAAGUUUGUUUUACUUUUUGUGAACGAUUUGCUUUUCAGCAUCUUUCUGCUUUCUUUGAUAUCCAAAAUUAUGUCUAGGGGGAAAAAGAAAAAUGUAGAUUUCUGUUGGUCAUGUGACUGUACAGACUGAUGUUUGGGUUUUUUUUUUUUAAUUAAAUAAUUUCAAACACCUUUA